UGUAUGAAAACAAUAAACAACCUCGGCCACAGAAAAAACGCCAGAGGACCUGUCGCUCCGUUUCGACCUGAAUUUGGUACGGGACACACGGAGACGACCAUAGACAAAGACUGUAAAGUCCCAUGAGGAAGUAACGGACUCUCCUGACAAGAUUUUGUGAAAUUUUAGUGUCUUCAGGAGAGGAAGUUACGGGUUACCCCCUUCCUUAGCUCUAACGAGCUAGCAACCCGACCCUUUGCUCGUCGUUAUCGGUCCACUUUGUUUUGUUUGUUAUGCAGUUACCGGAGGUCUCUUCUCGUACACGUUCUCCGCCACCUUUUCGCUUCCUUACCCCCACUUCUCUGGCCCUAUGUCUCGGUGGCUCUUCCCCUGGUCGGGCUCAAUAAAGAAACGGGCCUGUCGAUACCUUCUUCAACAUUAUCUCGGGCACUACUUGCAAGAGCGACUGAGUUUGGACCAGCUUACUCUCGACCUGUACAAUGGCAGCGGGGUCAUCAAAGAAAUCAACCUCGAUGUAUGGGCGGUGAACGAGUUGUUGGAGUCCCUCGGGGCUCCGUUGGAGAUUUUGGAAGGCUUUGUCAGCAGCAUCGCCGUGACUAUACCGUGGGCCGCGCUGGUCACAGACCACUGCAUCCUUGAAGUCACCGGUUUACAAAUCACAUGUCGCCCCAAGUACAGAACAGGAGGAGGAUGGGACUCUCAGGGCUGGUCCUCCUGCAUGACAUCCAGCAUGCAGCUGGCCCAGGAGUGCCUGAAGGACCCGCCAGAGGCAUCCGAAGAGCCGCCUGCACCUUUGGAGGGUCUGGAGAUGUUUGCACAAACCAUCGAGACAGUGCUGCGGCGGAUCAAAGUUACCUUCCUGGACACCAUCGUCCGGAUCGAACACCAUCCCCUGGACGCCGAGUCUGGGGUUGCCUUAGAGAUGAACAUCAAACGGCUGGACUACUGUGAUGAGGCAGUGAGGGACUCCAGUCAAACGGUGCCUGUAGACAUCCACCAGCCACCUGCCUUCUUACACAAGAUCCUCCAGCUCAGUGCAGUUCAGCUGUUCUAUGAGAAGAUGGGAGGACCUCGGGAUUUGAUUGCUGAUGAUCCCGUGGAGGAAGAUACGAAAGAGGAGGGAGAUGAUGAUGAGGAGGAGGAGGAGGACGAAGAGGAGGAGGAUGAUGAGGUUGACGAAGGCCCCAGGGCGCCCUUUCACCCCCCCAGCCAGCCUCUGUUGAUUGGCAGCUGCUCUGGCUUCAUGGAGACCACAGUUAAAAUCAAGCAGAAUGACAUGUUGCCUGGACCCAAGCUGGAGUUGGAUGGGAAAGUGGGCUGCCUGCACCUCUUUCUCAGCCCUGACCAGAUCACUGACCUGACCAGCCUGCUCGAGGCCCUCUGCAUUGAGACAGAGUCUGUGGGGGUGUGUGGUGGUCGUAGUCGCCCACUGGGAACUGAGGAUCUACGAGUGAUUGAGGAAGACCUCAACAAACAGCUUAGCACGGAGAACUACGCUCCAGAACUUGAUGAAGAACCGUUCCUCACAGGCCGGGAGAAUGGAGAGAUGUUCUACUCCAUGGGGCCUGGCAUGAGCAGCAGUGUGUUAUCUGCACGUUCAGGCAGUGAGUUCUCAGACAGCGAUAUGGAGUCGUCCACACACAGCCAACAGAGUUUUACGCACCCUCUCUCUCCACAGGGUAUGCUGAACUGUCCCAGACGUUAUCCUGUAGCAGGAUCCUUAUCAUCUCUGCCCCAAUAUAACCGGCCACCAGGUCGAUCCUCAGGUGGCAGCAAAUCGCAGCCCCUGAAGCCAGAUGCUUUGCUCCGCCUGACCUUGGGCGGGGUCACACUGACACUGCUGGAGCAGAACCCGCCCCCUGGGCCAGACGGAGAGCCCUCAUUGGCUGCGGUCUCAGAGGUGUUCUUUAAAGAGUUGGCCUUCUUUAGAGACAGCAUGUUCAGUGAAAGAGACUUCCAUCACCUCAGAGCAGGAUUUAGCAGAGCCUGCCCACACUCACACAUCAGGCUGACGGGAGCAGCCAUGCAGAUAUCGUGUGAGAUGCGGAGUGCUGGGCGACACACACGUGCGGUGACCUCCGACCUGUCCUUCAGCAGACUGGAGCUGCUCGAGUGUCUAUGGGAAAGCACAGGACCUCAGUACACAGAGCUCAUCCAGUUCCAGACGGCAGGCCUGUUCACUGUGGGAGCCACCGCCCGACCCUGUGCUCAGAUCCAUCACAGCCUCUCGGAGAGGAACACGCGCAAGGGAGCGAAACAGCGUGUGUUGCACAGAGAGAGUGUGUUGCGUAUAGAACUCGGGGAACUGACUGCUGAGCUGGAUCUUGACAUCAUCGGCCGCCUGGACUGUAUCAGCCAAUCACUGAGCUCCACUGAUUCCCAUUCACCCACAAAAACGCAGACUCAGUGUAUAGAGCAGCGCUCCUCCCUCUCUCUCCUCUCUCCUCACGCGGUCCUCAAGAUUCGUUUCCCUAUCCCUGACCUCCGACCCCCGGAGGAGCGGCGACCUAUGACCCAGCGGGCGGUGAGGAGCGAGACCCUAAAGCUGGAGGUGUCGCAUCUGGAGAUCCAAACCCAGUCGGGCCUGUCCGAUCCGCCAGCGGACGCACACAAGCACUCACGCGCCAGAGCGUACGCAGACACACACACGCCGCCCAAUUCAGACUCCCAUACAGACCUCAACCUCAGCACGCUGUUUGAAGCCACCUUCAGUGACCUGCACGGUGUGUAUGAGGGGUGGGAAGGUGGAUCGUUCCCCUGCAUCCGUGUGCAGAAGAGCCCAGACCAGCAGAAUCCUGAUGCCAUCCCCAGGAUCUCUGUGCGUGUGCGGGGCAAUGUCAGCGCUGAGGCUGUAGUGGGUGGGGUUCUCCAGGACCUGGGUUUGGGUUCCAUGUCUCUGGAGAACCCGUGUGAGAUGCACGAGAAGAACAGCUCACCAUUCUCAUCUAACCGCACCAUGUUUGAGACUGAAGAGAUGGUCAUCCCAGCAGAUCCAGAGGAGAUGCGUGUGUUUCAGGAGCAGUGUGUGUCAGAGAGUCAGUGUGUGGUGGACAUCGUACUGCCCACCGCCUACAUCUUGCUGCCCAGCAAAGAGGCCUUCAACAGCGUUUACAACAGGAUAAAUAACGACUUGUUGAUGUGGGAGCCUCCUGUGGCGCCUCCUGCUGACCCAGAGCGGCCGCAGGCCCCCGCAUUCCGCUCCACUCGGGACGACGAGUUCCAGCUCUGCAAAUCAGCUUUCAGACUCGACUCUGACUCUGACGAAGAGGACCAGUUCUACUCUGCCAAAGAAUCAGCCCGUCGGAAGAAGUCCUUGUCCUGCCCUGAGCACACCCUCAGCCUGCUGUGCCUCACUGUGCUAAUAGGCAAGGGGCGUGUCCAGGCCAUGACGGACAGCAAGAACGAAGCCGGCCGCAAGGUGGAACUGAGUCACGGAGAGCUCAUCCUGGAUGUGGAGGGGGGGAAGAUGUUCAGCGUGACGCAGCAUCAGAACACCCCCCAUCUCAACUUCCUAACACUAGAGAGCAGGAGGGUGGAGCUACACCAUAGAGCGGUUGUACCUGACUCCCCCCUCCCUGAGAAGUUGGAGAUGCCCAGGUUCACAGCCCCUGAACAUUUGGACCCUACCAUCUGCCCCACAGAGGUGGGGGUGACCAGCGUUGGUGGCCGGGAGACUGGUGUGCAGAUGUUGUCCACUGCCAUCAAGAUCACACUGGACCCACAGAGGAAUGUGAAGGAGUUCCUGGUUGCUCUGCGUCUCCAUGGCGCCACAUUACGACAUUACAUGGCACUGACCAAUCACAGCUGGCAUGAGCAGCUGGUGGAUUUCCUGGAUGUGGUGGAUGAUAACAUUUUGGGAUACACAUCCCCUGCUGUGAUCACAGUGCUACACACACACCUCGCCACCUGUGCAGUGGACUACAGGCCCCUGUACCUUCCUCUGCGAGUGCUGUUCACGGCCGAAUCCUUCUCUCUGUCCAGCAACAUCAUUGUGGACACAGCCACUUUCCAUCUCAGGUUCAUCCUGGAUGAUUCUGCUCUGUAUCUCUCGGACAAGUGUGAGAGUGACACCGUGGAUCUGAGGAGAGAUUAUGUCUGUGUGUUGGACAUUGAUCUUUUGGAGUUGGCCAUCACCACCUGGAAAGGCGGCAACUCUGGAAAACUGACCCAGCCCUUGUUUGAACUGCGCUGCUCCAAUAACGUGGUGCACCUCCACACCUGUGCUGACUCGUGCGCCGCCCUGGUCAACCUGCUGCAGUACCUGGUCGGCCAGGGCGACCUGCAUCCCCCGCCCAAACACACGUCCCCCACUGAGAUCGCUGGACAGAAGCUUCCGCUAUCAGAAAGCCCCGCCUCCCUUCCACCAUGCCCCCCUGCCGAGACGGCUGAAAUCAACCAAUACGAUCUAGCCGAUGCCUUGAUUGACACAGAGAGGAGCAGAGACGAGAGGCUGGACUCUGAUUCUCCCACCUCUGUGCCGCGAGCCUCGCCGGUCUCGGUGUACCUGUUCCCGGGGGAGGCCCCUAAGCCACGUCCGGCGGUGCUGGAGGGGGAUGACCUGGCGCUGGACGGGGAGGUUGCCACGGCAACAGAGGCGCACGCAGACAUGGUGUCUGAUGAAGGCUCCGAGGGGUCCACCGACAAUGACGACUUCUGCAUUCUGGAGGCUCCAGGCAUGGGCAUCCCGCCCCGUGAUGGCGAGCCUGUGGUGACCGUGUUGCUUCCGGGCCCCAUCCGUGUGAAGGAGGGCUAUUUCUCUCGGCCCCGGGGCAGUUCGGAUCUGCUGCGUGCCCCGUCGCGCUUCCCGGUGCCCCAGACUCGGCUGGUGCUGAAGGAGAUCUCCGGGGUCUGGCACCUGUACGGGGGCAAGGACUUCGGGGGCAAGCCUGCAACACCUCACGCCCACCAACAAACCCAGAGGGGUCGCUCUGCUCCAGCUGGUGCUCGUGGUUCGCCCUCGCGCUCCGUGCCUUCCUCCCGUCCCCAGAACUCCUGGCGCUGGCAAGGAGGCAGCGGCCGCCAACACACACUGCUCAUGGAGAUCCAGCUCACCAAGGUGAGCUUUCAGCACGAGUCGUACGCGGUGACACCCCCCGCAGCGGCCCCAGGUGGGGAGGAGGGGGUGUGUGUGGGCGUCGGGGAGCAGCCGGUGUCUCGGCAGGUGUUCAUAGUGCAGGAGCUGGAGGUGCGAGAUCGCCUGGCCUCCUCCCAGAUCAACAAGUUCCUCUACCUGUACACCAGCGAGAGCAUGCCGCGCAGAGCCCACUCUAACAUGCUGACGGUGAAGGCGCUGCAGUUGUGCCCAGAGUCAGGACUGGGAGGGCCAGAGUGCUGCCUGAGAGUCAGCCUUCUGCCGCUGAGACUCAACAUAGACCAGGAUGCCUUGUUCUUCUUAAAAGACUUCUUCAGCAACAUGGCGUCUGGAGUGAACCCCUACCUGCCUGUAGACCUGGCGGCUGAAGUGAAACCUGAAGCUACUCAGAAGCAGCCUGACGACGCAGAGCCUGUUGCUGGGCUGGGCACUGACCUCAGCGCGUCAGUGGAAACGACCUUCAGCGAGCAGAGCUCCUCUUCCGCUGGCUCCUCUACCUCCACUGAGCAGCCAAUCUACUUCCGGGAGUUCCGCUUCACGUCUGAGGUGCCCAUCUGGCUGGACUACCAAGGCAAGCAUGUGGUCAUUGAGCAGGGUACCUUUGCGGGCAUUCUGAUUGGAUUAGCCCAGCUGAAUUGCUCUGAACUGAAGCUAAAGAGACUCUGCUGUCGACAUGGUCUGUUGGGAGUUGAUAAGGUGAUUCAAUACGCUGUGAAUGAGUGGCUGACGGACAUCAGGAAGAACCAGCUGCCGGGAAUUCUGGGAGGUGUAGGCCCCAUGCACUCUGUAGUGCAGUUAUUCCAUGGAGUGAGGGAUCUGUUCUGGAUGCCCAUCGAGCAGUACCGACGGGACGGCCGCAUUAUCCGCGGCCUCCAGAGGGGGGCAGCAUCGUUCGGCACAUCAACUGCUGCAGCAGCCCUGGAGCUCAGCAACCGCCUGGUGCAGGCCAUUCAGGCCACAGCUGAGACUGUUUACGAUAUCCUGUCCCCGACUCCACCCUUGACGCGUUGCAUCACAGAAGGACGACCUGCCCCCAGACCCAGACGAACCCCCCAACCUGCCGACCUCAGGGAGGGCGUGGCCAAAGCCUACGACACUGUCAAAGAGGGUGUGAUUGAUACAGCGCAGACGCUGUGUGUCGUGGCGUCUCGAGGGCACGAGCAGAAAGGCUUGCCUGGGGCAGUGGGCGGAGUCCUGCGGCAGAUCCCGCCCACUGUGGUGCGGCCUCUGAUUGUGGCGUCGGAGGCCACCUCCAACUUGCUGGGUGGCAUGCGGAACCAAAUCAAGCCGGACGCGCGCAAGGAGGACUUCUUAAAGUGGCGCACAGAGGAAGGGCAGGAGUGAGUGAGUGAGUGAGGGAGGGACAGACAGAGAGAAACAGCGGUGGCACAGUGGAUGGACAUCAUAUGGAUGAAGUCUAAUGUUACUGUAGAGGACUUCGCCUGUGUGUGUGUGUGUGUGUGGUCUUAGACAAAGUAUGUGGUUUGUUUGUCAUGGGAAAAGCAUCAUGAAGCUGCAUGCAUGCUUGUGUGCGUGUAUGUGUGUGUAUGUGCGUGUUGGUUUCUGUGUGUGUGUGUGUGUGUGUGUGUGUGUGUGUUUGCGCAUUGUUGUGUGUGUUUGCAAGGUAGGGGAGGAGUCUAUAUCAAUGCAAAAACAAACUUGCAAAGACAAACCACUACGGUAUGAGUGAGAGCCAGUAUUCUUUGGAAGCUUCCAUAUGUGUAGAACAUGUCGCACACAAACACACGCACGCACACAUACACUUGCUCUCUUGUCUUUGUGAUUUUAAUAUUAGAGCGUUUUGCUGACCUGACUGACACCAGAGAUUUGGUGUAUUACAUUUUAUGUCUGUCUGUACCUCUGGUUUAGUAUGUGUGUGCGUGAGUGUGUGUGUGCUUGAGUGUGCGUGUGCGCGUGCUUAUAUUUGUGUGUGUCAGCAUGUGUGUCUGUCUGUAUAAAAAGUCACUGUAGUGGUGGCCUUUCUGUAGAACAUGAUGCCAGUGUGUGUCUGUCAUCUCCUCUCAAACCUUGCCUAUCUUGUGUGCCAUAAGUGUGUAUGUGUGUGUGUGAGUCUGUCUGUCUGUCUGUCUGUCUGUCUGUCUAACUAGCUGCCGCCCCAUCUCAGUGUGUUGAGUGUUUUUGUUCAAGCUUCCUCUGAGAGCCAGUAAUGCAGCAUUGUUCUACACUAACCCCAGAUGCCGGGAUUUAGGGCUUAAAACGUGACUUUAUGGCUAGCUGACACUCAUACUCACCUCUCAGCCAUUUGCUCAGCUGUUGUUCGCUUUGUGUCAGCCACGUGAAUGUUAGCAGUUAGCUAUCUUGUCUGAUAGCGGUGAUUCAUUUGAAGGUCCUCUCCGAGAUCUAUAUCUGCUAGGCACUGGCUAGGCAUCUCAUCUGUGUCUAUUACA